GGUGUGGGUGUGGACUGGAUGACUUCAGCAAUAAUGGAGGAAAAUCUGCUCUGCUUUUAGAAAACAGUUUUUUUUUUUUCACUCAGUCUUUAAUUUCCCAGUUCUUGGAGCUGGAAUGCUGUGUCAGGAUGGGAAACCUGUUUGGAAAAAAGAAACAGUCCCGGGUGACGGAGCAAGAUAAAGCCAUCCUGCAACUGAAGCAGCAGAGAGACAAACUGAGGCAGUAUCAGAAGAAGAUCAACCUGCAGCUGGAGAAGGAGAGACAGCUGGCCAAACAGCUGCUCAAAGAUGGGAAGAAAGAGAAAGCCCUCCUCCUGCUGAAGAAGAAGCGAUACCAGGAGCAGCUCCUGGACAAGACGGAGAACCAGAUCAGCAACCUGGAGCGGAUGGUCCAGGACCUGGAGUUUGCUCAGAUUGAGAGGAAGGUCAUUGAUGGGUUGAAAGUUGGAAACGAUUGUCUGAAGAAAAUGCAUGAGGUGAUGUCGAUUGAAGAGGUGGAAAGGAUCUUGGAUGAAACGCAAGAUUCCAUCGAGUACCAGAGGCAAAUCGACGAGAUGCUGGCCGGUUCCUUGUCGCAGGAGGACGAGGAUGCUGUUCUGGCUGAGCUGGAGGCCAUCACUCAGGGAGACGUCGAGCUUCCAGAGGUUCCUUCAGAGCCGCUGCCAGAAGCCCCUGAAGCUGGCGAGAAAAAACCAGUUUCAGAGAACGAUCGUCCCAGGAAGAAGCCGGAGCGAGAGCUGCUCGCCGUGUAGGAACAGAACUGACCCCCGUUACAAACCAACGCCGCCCGCAGACGUUCAGCUGCAGAUGUUUUUCUACCGUACAGGCCGCCAGCUGCUCUCGGGUAACCCGCCUGAUGACUGGUUGUGUUCGUCUGCCGCAGGUCGGUUCUAAAAGGAAGGACCGGUUCACCUGCAGCGCCUUGUGAACCUUGAAGAUCUGUGAAAUCACAUAAUUGUGCCUAACUUUAGUGUAAGCAAUGCAUCAUGUUUACUAUGAAGUCAUUUUUAAUUAAUCCAGAGCAUGUAUUCUGUAUGUAACUUGUUUAAUCUCCCUAAAUAAUCUGUGGAUCAGAGUUGAGUUCGGAGAGGAUCGUUUCAUCCAAAGUAUUGACAAAUGUAUGAACUUUAUAUCUGCGGCUUUGGUUCAAUAGGACAAAAAAAAAAAAAAAAUCAUAUUCAAGAUUUUUGAUCUUAAACAUGUCUUUGGGUGAGGUGAUCUUUUUUGAUCCCUGGAUGGUAAAAGAGAACAUUUUUCCUAAAAACCGGAACGUCUGCGUCCAUCCUUCAAAGUCUGACACUCCACAAGCAGAUUACCUAAUCUAAUUCCUAUUCCCCUCGUGGAUUAGCUCAACCUUAAUGGGAAAAGGCCGGGCCUGUCUCACGUGAUGUAAUCUGCAACCACAGAGUCUUCUCUAAUCAUCUUCUUGUGUAUAACCCAUACUUGGAUACGCAGGAGGAACUUUGCUUUGUAUCCACGAGGUCGAAGGUCGAAUAUCUUUGAAGACCGGUGGAACAAAACUGUAAAUCAUUUAAACUCUGGCGACUAAUCCUGUCCGACAGCGGCAUCAAAGUAAAUGUUUUAAAGUUGGUUUGGGGAUUUCUGUACAUUGUUUUUAGAAUAAAAAGUGUUUUUAUUGUUUAA